ACGGGGCCAAUCAGCGCGCACUGGCCUUGCGUGACGUAACUCACUAAGUAGCUCGCGGAACAAAAGCCGUCUGCACGGUCUGUUCCUCCCCGCCGGAUGCGACCGACAGAACGCCGACGCGUUCGUUCCGUUUAGCGUUAAAGUUUGUUUUAAAAUAAUUCGACGUGAUAUACACGCAUGUUUACAGUGUAGAAGUGUAAAUCUCGGGACUGGCGGCGAGUGUUUUUGUCUGCACUGAAGCUGCGAGGGAUUCUCGCGAGAGAGUUCGAGGCCUAAUAAAACUCAUCCGGCUGACGUGGAUCCUCCUUCAGUCCUGCAGUGAUCUGGAAGUGCAGCCCACUCCGGUCUGGACGAAUUCUUGGGACAGUGUCGUCUCUUCUGAUUGGCUGACGCUCUCCGGUCCAUCCUGCUCAUGAGGUAACCCCGGCUGUCAUUGUUGAUGCCCGUGGCUGGGCCGUGAUGGGGCAGAGGGUGUCGGGUGUGGUGAAAUCCGCUGAUGAGCCGGAUACGGGCGAUCUGGCGUAUCCGCCAGUGUGCGCGUCGCUCCGUAGUCGCGGCGUCCCCUUACCUGUUCGUCUAGAGCUGCUGUUGGACAUGCCUCCGGCGGGACCGGAAAUCCAGCUGCAGCACACCUGGAACCCGGACGACCGCUCGCUCAACCUCUUCAUCAAAGACGACGACCGGCUCACGUUCCACCGCCACCCGGUGGCCCAAAGCACAGACUGUGUGCGGGGAAAAGUCGGCUUCACCCGUGGCUUGCACGCAUGGACUUUGCGAUGGCCCGUGCGGCAGCGCGGGACGCACGCCGUGGUCGGGGUCGCAACAUCUUUGGCUCCGUUGAGAGCCGUCGGAUAUUCCGCCCUAGUCGGCAGUGACGCCGAAUCCUGGGGCUGGGACUUGGGACGAGGCCGACUGUACCAUGACAGGAAGAGUCAGACAGGCCCAGCGCCAUCGUACCCAGAGUUUAUUGAAGAGGAGGAUGAGGAAGGGACGUUCUCAGUGCCUGAAGAGGUUCUGGUGGUGCUGGACAUGGACGAAGGCACACUCGGAUUCUGUGCCGACGGGAACUACCUGGGAGUGGCGUUUCGUGGACUGAAAGGGAAGAGGUUGUACCCCAUCGUCAGCGCCGUGUGGGGUCACUGUGAAGUCAGCAUGACCUACGUCAACGGAUUAGACCCUGAACCCCUGCCACUGAUGGAGCUGUGCAGGAGGGCGGCGCGACAGGCUCUGGGUCGCCACCGAAUCCAUCACAUCCAGUCUCUUCCACUGCCACAGACGCUCAAGAACUACCUGCAGUACCAAUGAGACACACACAGCCAAAAAACCCACCUGCGGUCACUGGACACGUGCUCAGAAAUGAUCUGCGCUGCUGGUGACUUCAGGACUGUAGAAGCUUUGUGCUGUGCACAGAUGUUAAUGGAGUGUCGUAAGGACAGACGCUACAGAAUUGAGCAGCCAGACGACAAGUAUCUCAUUUUUAUACAUGAUUAUGAGGUGAUUGUAACAAUAAGGUGUUUGUGUUUGAGAAUGACUCAUGUCUUCCAUAAUUUUCUUAAGAGCUGAUGAUUUUGAUUUCUCUUCACUUUUAUCUCAAAACUAAGGGUCUAGUUUUCUGGACAAAAAUCCAGCAUGAUUUUAAAAUUGUAUUUGACUAAUGCAUUUUAUUCCAGAUAACAAGUCCUUAUUGUUUCAGCAGUCUUCACUAAUACACAUCCGCAGUGCCUGAGAUUUUUAAACGCUUUUCUGUUCGUUUUUGUUUGUUUUUUUUUCCCAAGCUGUAAUCAUGACGAAGCUGAUUAAAUCGGUUUUCAGAUGUUUUGGCGAAUAAACGUGAGUACUCGGCUAUAAAAUGUGCUGCGGCGUCUGUGAAGCAGAUUUUUACAGAUAUGAUUUUUAUAUGAAAUUGAUGUCUUGCCAAAGCAGUCCAUACUUUGGGCCUCCAGGUGGCAGUGGAAAACCUGCAAGACGACAGACACGACUUUUUGUGACUUUUGAAAUGUGAAUAAAAAUAAAACUCAAAACCCAAA